AAUAAAGGACAGCAUGUCCCCGGUGUUGUGUUGAAAUGCUUUCCAUAUCCCUGCUUAGUCAGAAGGAAUAUUAGCUAUUUCCCAACACAGGCUGAAAGGCAGAUCCACAUGUACUGCUUACUAUGCAGUAUGAGGAACUGGAGCAGCUGAAUUGGCAGCAGGAAUUUGUUUCUCUACCCAAUUCGUUUUGGCUCUGUCUUUUGGAGGAAAGGAAGGCUGAAACCACCGCUGGGAGGGGCCAGCCAUGGUUGGCUUUUGACCCGAGCAGUAGCACAUGGCCGAGGCUAUCUGGCAGUGCACAGUGACUGAACUGCAGCCUGUGUUCCUCCUGAAAGCUUUAUCUGCACAAGAAGUGUUGGCUAUUCUGAAGGACCGCAGUAAUAAUCAGCCACAGCAAGAGGAGGAGCUGAAUGUAUCUUUGCCAUCUCGUUGUCCCGUCCGCUUCUGCUGGGGAAGAAACUUCCCUCUCCGUCACCUUUGGCUUCGCUCCUGCCCUCCCGCCCCCCUUCCAUCGAUCCUACGUGAUCUCCCAGGAUUAGGAAAGGCCCGAGGGAGCGCCCCAAACCCUGCCCUUGCCCAGGAGGGGAGGGGAUCAACGAAGGAAGACCCGCUACCAGCAGCCGCGCAGGACGCAGUGCGCCCGAGGGAGGCUGAGACUGCGGAACGGACCUCCUCGUUGGCUCCCGCCGGCAAGGGAAGGCAAGGCGCGUGCGCGCCGUCGGCGAAACCUUAACCCUUCGCGCUCCCUCCGUGCAGCUCCUGUUGAGCAGGGCAGCCAAGAGCAGCUGCGUCGUCGUCGUCGGCGAUGUCUCCCCUCGUGUCUCGGACGCUCCUGGCCGCCGCGCUCGCUUUGGCACUGGCUGGCCUGGCCCCGGCCAGGGCGCAAGGAUCGACGCCAGCACUCUCGCCGGCGGGGCCGCCCUUUGCGCGGGAUGUCCUGGCGCUGUUCGGGGGCAACCGGAGCCUCUCGGCCGGGCAGCUCCAGCAAAUGCUGCAGAAGAUGGGAGCCGCGCACCGGCUGGAGGAGUCGCUGGCCGGACAGCUGGACCUGCACGUCCUGCGCUACAACCAGUGCAUGUCUGCUGAAGACAUCUUUUCUCUGCAUGGAAUGUCAAACAGCAGCAGGAUCACCGAGUCCAGCUUCUCCGCAAUAUGUCCUGCUGUUGUACAGCAGCUGGUUUUUCACCCUUGUGAAAAAUCCACGUCCAAAGGCAAUUCCAGGCCAUCUCCUACAGAAGUCUGGGGCUUCGGUUUCCUUGCUGUGACUAUUAUCAACUUCGCUGCACUCCUUGGAUUGGUCUUAACUCCUCUUUUAAAGAAAGACUAUUUCCCCAAGAUUUUAACCUACUUCGUAGGUUUGGCCAUCGGAACCCUCUUUUCCAAUGCAAUUUUCCAGCUUAUUCCAGAGGCAUUUGGAUUCGACCCCAAAAUCGAUAACUACAUUGAAAAAGCGGUAGCUGUGUUUGGCGGAUUCUACAUCCUCUUCUUUGUGGAAAGAGUUCUUAAAAUGAUACUGAAGACCUAUAGCCAGAACCGUCACAGCCACUUUGAACCUGAAGAACUGAAACCUCCCCGAAGUCUCCCUCCUCCUCCUCCUGAAUCGUUCAAACCUGUUAAUGGAGCAGUGUGCUAUGCAAAUCCAGCCAUAGCUGAGGCUAAUGGAACUCUGAGUUUUGAUAAUGACAUUGUGAUAUCUGGACAGAAAGAAGAAACCGAAAGCAACUCGUGUAAAUGUUUCAGGGGACCUGCACUGUCGGAGAUUGGCACAAUUGCCUGGAUGAUCACGCUGAGCGAUGCUUUGCAUAACUUCAUUGAUGGGCUAGCCAUCGGUGCUUCUUUCACCCUCUCCCUACUUCAAGGAAUUAGCACAUCUAUAGCAAUCUUAUGUGAAGAGUUUCCUCACGAACUGGGGGAUUUUGUCAUUCUUCUUAAUGCAGGAAUGAGCACUCGGCAGGCCUUGUUUUUCAAUUUCAUAUCAGCAUGCUCCUGCUAUGUUGGACUAGCUUUCGGUAUAGUAGUGGGCAACAACUUUGCUCCAAACUUUAUCUUUGCAAUCGCUGGAGGCAUGUUCCUAUACAUUUCCCUGGCAGAUAUGUUCCCAGAGAUGAAUGACAUGCUGAGAGAAAAAGUGACCGGAAGAAAAACAGAUCUAGUCUUCUUCCUGAUCCAAAAUGCUGGGUUGCUGACAGGGUUUGCUGCGAUUCUGCUGAUCACGGUGUACGCAGGAGAAAUUGAACUGGAAUGAUGCAAGCUUGGAGAUGUGAUAAGGAAGACACUUAGUAAAUUAAAAACGGAAGAACUCUUGAACUCCAUAAAAGGGACUUCGGAAGUUAUAAAGGAUUUGAUCUGACAUCCCAUUUUCUUUGGAACGGAUACCUUGGGUUUUUGUGUCAGCAUGAUAAUAAUCGCUUGUGCCGCAUAAAGACUUAAACAUGUGGGCACUCCAGUACCUGUGGGAUUUCCUCUGCCUUCAAGAAUUGUGUCCUUAACUUCAACACAUACCUCCCUAUGCAUCACAAAGAGCUCUGGAUUGGUGCCUUUGUAUUUUUAAUUGAGAAGUCACCUAUAAAGCCUAUACCAUUGUAUACAGAAAGUAUUGCAUACACUUUAAGAAGCAUCCAGCAGCAGGCAAAUCUGCAAGAUGAUUCAGGCUGAAAUAAACAUGACUUCGUUUACAAGGAACUUUUUACAGAAGAUCCAUGGCCACAAUUCUAACUGUGAUACAAAUGGUAUCAAAAUAGCUUUAGACUUUUUCUCCUUUGGGGGCAGAUUUUUUUUUAUUUUUUAAAAAAUUAAACUUACUUUAGUACGUUUGCAUAAAUAAUGCAAAGAUUCCAAUUACCAAUUAACACUGGAUUAAUGAUACCACUUAGUGCUUUUGAUCACUCUCUUUCAAGGGCACUGUGGGCUUUGUUAUGAGAAGCACAUUUUUUAAUAAGUGAUGUUAAAAUUUCAAUUGUUUAUUACGUGAGUCAUGCUUAAAAGGCACUGGCCUUAUAUAUAGAUAUAUAUAUAUAUAUAUUAAAAGAGAACAAAAAUUAGCCAUUUUAACAUUACAAUAGCUAUUUCAAAUUUCUGCUUUGAUUUUUGUUGCAAAAUUGCUGUGCAAAUCAAUCAGGCAAUGCUGAUGCCACAGUGUUUGACGAAUUGCAUGACUCAGUGUGUCCUAGUCUAGUGGUUCCUUCUGACUAUGGAACCUCUGUGUGCAAUUGCUCCUACUGCCAUAGGAACUUUACAUAAACUUCAGCGAGGAAUGCUGCUCCACUAAUACAUUAAGCUGAAUUCGGGAGGCUGCAGGUGUUAAAGUUCCAAAUACCGCAUUUUUCCAUGUAUAAGAAUAUAUUUUUUCCUAAUUUGUUGAAGUUUAAAAUAAGAGGUUGUCUUAUACAUGGAUAGUGUAUAGUGCAUUUUCUUAAUUUCGAGUCCCCCCAAAUAGGGGGCGUCUUAUACAUGGAAAAAUAUGGUAAGUAUUAGAUGUUCAGCCUGGAGCGUUAUUGUACUCAUGUCCUGUUUGCAGGCUCCCCAGAAGCACCUGACUCUUAGUCUGACCCGGUGGGUCUCCUAUGGUCUUAUGGAUCUUGUGGUUUUAUGGAUCUGGGACAUGAUUUAAGGAUGCAUUGCUUUUCUUUAUGGUCAUACAUAACUGCCUUUGAACACAAUACUGUGGUACCUGGGAAGGUGCCCCAAGGGCCGCAGGAUUUUGGGUGCCUCGCUCUCUGAGAGCAGAGAGAGAGAGGUCCAUUCUCAUUUUCUUAUUUCGCUCCCAUAAGCUGUAAUGGUGGCAAAAAGCAACAACACCUUGGAUUUCAAAGCUUUAAAAGAAAAUUAAGACAAAUCCAGGGGAGAAAUAGACUUAUCAGAGGCUACUAGCCACAAUGGCUGUUCACUCUCUCUGCUGCUGGAAACAGUAUGUCUUUGAAUACUAGUUGCAUUUAAAGGCAAACCUACCCAAUUCACAUUUUCCAAAACAAUAUGAGAAUCAGAACACAACCUUUGAAAUUCACAUUCAUCAGAAUUUUGCAGUGCAGUUCUCCAACCAAGCACAUAUAACAAAAAUGCACAUAACUAAGGGUGCAUAAAAAUGAAUAGAUUCAUGAAAAUAAUAGGCAAAAUGCAUUAUAUUAAGAAAAAUUGCUCACAGAAAUGUGUACAUGAGUCAAAACUGCAUGCCAUGUUAUGAGCAGUGCUUUAAAAAAUAAAAAUGAAAAAGGUGCCAGUACUCACCAUGUACAAUACAUAGCUGUUACAGUAAAUGCCAAACUUUUAAUAUUUGAAAAAAGUACCCUUGAGUACCCUCCCCCAAAAGCACCGAUUACCAGAAAUACAGACUAAAAUGCUGGUGAAUUUAUUUAAGGAUGAUGAUGAUGAUGAUUAUAUCAUAAAUGGUUGCAGAAUUGAAUUGAAAAUAGGGAAAAUGAGGAAACCAAAAUUGAGAGGUUCAUCUAUCCCAGGCAUCCCCAAACUGCGGCCCUCCAGAUGUUUUGGCCUACAACUCCCAUGAUCCCUAGCUAGCAGGACCAGUGGUCAGGGAUGAUGGGAAUUGUAGUCCAAAACAUCUGGAGGGCCGAAGUUUGGGGGUGCCUGAUCUAUCCCUACUGGCAGGCAUCUGUUUGGCCACAACAAGGACAGGAUGCUGGGCUGGAUUGGCUAAUAGGCCUUAUGCAACAGGGCACUUCCGUGUAUUUGCAAGCUUUAGCAAUUUGGCUGCCAUGUUUUCUGCCUCCCCAACCCAGAAGAAGUGCUGCAUCUCAUUAGCUCAUUCCGUUGGUCCAUGUAGACCAGUAUUGCCCAUUCUGGUGAACAUUGGCUUUCCAGGGUUCUUCCAAUGUCUUUCAACCUUUCAACUAGGCACAUGCUAAAGCAAUAAGGGCCCUGCCAACAGGGGCAAAUGAAGGCUAACCGACACCCGGGGUGGGGCAAACUGCCGGCUGCGCAUGCAUUGCAUCGCUACGUAUGACACAUGCAUGGUGUUGCUACAUAGGGCGCGUGCGCGGCAUCACUACGCACAACGCAUGCAUGUGACACCGCACAUGCGUUGUAUGUAGCGGUUUGCCUCCAGCGACACCUGAGCGCCGUACGGACAGCGGUGGGAUCCUCUGCUCGUGGCUGUAGCGGUGGCGGAGGGAUCCCACCAUCGUCCGUAUGGCGCUCGAGUGGCGCUGGUGGCCGCUAUGUACAGCAUCUGUGCGGAGUUGCUAUGUACAGCUGUGACAAAUUGAAGCACUUUGGGAAUGUUUAUUCCUACCCGGCUGGCAAAGAGUUAACCCACCUCCAGCCUGACUGACAUAGAAUUCUGAUGGGGGCGGGACUGUGCCCGGUUCAAAAGGAGGGAGUGUCGGUUUGGUCAGUUAGGAGGGAGAGGGAGGAGGGUGUGGUGGCUUGUAUGAAGAAAGUGAAGAGGCUAGGAAAACUUAAAGUUAAAUGUUUGACUGAGUUUUUUCUUGUACAACUGGUACAGGGCAAAUAAAUAAAUGACACGUUAAAGAAAUACUUAGGCUUUUAACACAAUAAAACUUCAUCUCUGUUUUGCCAAAAAGGUCCGUCUUUAUUUUUCCAGCGAGGUACCAGGACUCACAGCCGUGGUGGCUCAAGAGAGGGCAAAGCUCACCCCAGGCAGGGAGGUGGCAGUUUGUGUCCUGGAGUUACACGGGGGGAGGCUUUGUAGGGUAACCUGAGGCGCCAAGAAGUUGCCAGAGUGAAAAGGGCAAACUUUUACAGUGGGGAAUCCAACUGAGGGAGACCCUUUACUGUAGGCAAGAGGUUAUUCCAUCGGACAGCCUAGAGUUUCCUAAGGUACCAGGCCACGCAAGCUGGAAGGCUCUCCUUACUAAGAAACCCAUUAGUAAAAGGGGUUUAUUUUUGAGGCGGCAGGAGAAGAGGGUGGGUGUUUUCCCCUCUGGUUUCCUGUGCCGCAGUGAUAGUAAGAGAGAGUGGGACACUGGUCGUCACAACAGCACAUGUGUGCGACACUGCACAUGCGUUGUACAUAGAGGUUUGCUUCCGGUGCCACUCAAACGGCGUAUGGAUGGUGUUGGGAUCCUCUGCUCGCGGCUGCAGCCGUGAAUGGAGCAUCCUCCACAUGUGAUUGCGGCAGCGCGAUGGCUGCUCAUGCCGCCGCGUCCGUGCGGUGCCUUUUUGU